AUGUUAAAUUUAAAUGUUAUUCUAUUAAUUUUUUCAAUUGUUUCAAAUGCAAAAUCUGUCGGGGAUAGAGAAAAUGGUUUCGAAAACAGGAAAAGAUUUGAUAUGGGUACGGAAACCUGUAUUGAAAAUUUCGAUAUACAUAUUGAUAAAAUAAUAAGAACCCAAGAUUCAAGAGCCAUGGGUGCUAAAUAUUUAAACGAAGCCGAUGUUAACGGAAGAGAAGAUUGUAUGAAAUUAUGUUGUGAAACAUCACUCUGUGAUGUUUUCGUCAUGGAACAAAAGGUUCCAGGAAGUUGUUAUUUAUUUCACUGCGGUUCUCCAGAAGAUUUUAAAUGUAAAUUUACACAACAUAAAAAUUACACGAGCGCUGUUUUGGCAUUUAACACUCGAAUCGGUGAUAUCGAAAAUCGAAUGAAAUUAACAAAACACGAAGAAGAACUUACAAUGCUCAGGAAAUUAUAUCCUUCAAUCGAUUCGACGACGACAGCAUCACCUUUGACAACAAAAGUGCCUACAGUUUCAGGUGGAAAAGAAAAACAAAAUCACAGUUCCAAGAGUUCAUGCAGUAGGUACCAAUUUGAAUGUCGAGGAAGUGGUGAAUGUAUAGCAAUUUAUAACGCAUGUGAUGGAAUUCCACAAUGUAAUGACGGGAGUGAUGAAGGUCCAGAAUUAGAUUGUCCAACCAUAUCAGAACCCGUUCAACAAAUUAAAGACACCAUUUUGAAAGGAAAAUUAAUUCCAGAACAGCAAACAUCUUUAAAAUAUUUUCCAUUCGGUUAUCCGCAGCAAGUUGAACAACAACAACAACAGCAGCAGCAACAGCAGGGGCAAAACGUUGAAACAAAUCGUCAAAAAAUCGAUACGAUUCAACAGCAAAUUCCAAAUCAGCCGAGAUAUUAUGGAAGAGAAGGUGAAAUGGUUCAAUAUCCAAUCAAUAACGUUCAAUGGCAAGGAUAUCAACCUCGACACGAAAGCGGAUACGUUGCGAACCGUAAAGGAAGUUCAGCGUUUACUCCGGAAAAUUCAGAAAGUCAACUACCGGCACCUUACGGAAAUGAUAUGAGUCGUACGGAAUACAUGAAAUAUGGCGGAGCAUCGUCUGCUAAUAACAAUUACUACAGCGGAUCCGGUCCUAUUUAUUAUCCUGGACAAAAUAAUUGGAUGCAAAGAGUUCCUCCUCCUCCGCCACCUCCUCCACCUCCACACGCCGUGGAUGAUAUUCAACAGAGACCGAUUAUUUCGUUAUACGGAAACGGAAUGCAAUCGGGUUCGAUACAAUCCGAUUAUUAUUAUGAAGAUCCACAACUUAAAGGAAGAUAUCCUCAGGGAUCACUGGAAUUGUCCAGACUACGAAAUUCUGAAAAUUUUCAACAGAAAAAUUAUCAAUCUAUAAUCCCAAUGAAUAAAUCACCGAUUUUGGAUGAUGAAUCUAAAAAAAAAGAUUCCGAUACUAGAAUAGCAGAACAUUUAAGAAUGAUUCAAAACGAUAUGAAAGAAAUUGAUGGAGUCAACGAAAGGCCGAGUGGUGCUAUAUUAUCAUUAACUUUAGGUAUGUGCAUAACUGCGAUUAUGAUAACAUUAGUCGGAUGCCGAUUGAGAGUCGUAAGAAAAAGAAUGAGACGUAAUGGAAAAUCUCCAUUUGCUCACGAUGCUGAUUUUUUAGUCAACGGAAUGUAUUUGUAA